CUCCUGAUGCUCAUGGACAGCCCCCUGAAUCGGGCAGGUCUCCUGCAGGUUUAUAUCCAUACCCAGAAGAACGUUCUAAUCGAAGUCAAUCCCCAAACCAGAAUCCCAAGAACUUUUGAUCGAUUCUGUGGUCUCAUGGUUCAGUUGCUGCAUAAGCUCAGCGUUCGAGCAGCUGAUGGGCCUCAGAAAUUGUUGAAGGUGAUUAAAAAUCCAGUCAGUGAUCAUCUCCCUGUGGGCUGUAUGAAGAUAGGUACCUCUUUUGCAGUUCCAAAGGUGUCAGAUCUGCGUAAACUGGUUCCUGCAGCAGAGCCAGUUGCCAUUGUUGUGGGAGCUUUUGCCCACGGUUCGGUCAAUGUUGACUAUACAGAGAAGAUGGUCUCCAUCAGCAACUAUCCCCUCUCUGCUGCCCUGACAUGUGCUAAAAUUACUACUGCCUUUGAGGAAGUCUGGGGAGUAGUAUGAGCUUCUGCUGCUACUACCAUCAUGGUGGACUCCUACACAGUGACUCCGUGUCCCGGAGAGGCUCUCUUAAUGAGGUGUGGACCUGGUACAACUUUGAGCUCCUGGAAGAGAAAAGGCUUCGAUUUCAUCCUUGUAGCUCCUGGAGCAAUGAGACUUUAAAUGGACUGCCCCACCCGAACCCUUUCCUCCUAUUAAAGGUCACUUUUGAUAGG